AUGCCCGACUACGAGUUGAAAGGCGAUCUGAACAUGCGAUCCGAGCCGGAUCCGGAAGUCGAACGACGUCCGCAAAGAAUUCCGAAAACUGUGAUGAUAACUGGAACGAACAGAGGCAUCGGGUACGGACUCGUGAAACAGUUUUGGAGUACGAGGACAUUGAAACGAUCAUUGCGACGUGUCGGAAUCCGGAGACGGCGGAUGAACUGAAUGGACUGAGAAGGGACGGAAGACUGAAAGUGAUCGGAUUGGAUGUGGACGACGAUGAAUCGAUCGGAAGAGCAUUCGAGGAAGUGAAGGAUCUCGUCAGAGGAAACGGACUGAACCUUCUGGUGAACAAUGUCGGAAUCCUUCUCCCAUAUGAAGUGGACGGCCCGAUCUGCCGGAAGACGAUGCUGAAACAAUUGGAAACGAACUCCGUGUCGCCGGCUAUCGUCACGCAGACAUUCCUUCCGCUCCUGAAGAUUGCCGCUGCUUGCGUGCACGGAGAGGAGGUGUCAGUGCAAAGAUCGGCAAUCAUCAACAUCUCCUCGACCAUGGCUUCGAUCGAGAAGAACGACGGAUGUUUCACGGGACCAAUGGUGAGCCAGAAUCCCCUUUUCUUCAUCCGCUUCGUUCUUUUUCAGACUGUCUACCGAAUGAGCAAGUCGGCGUUGAAUUCGUUCUCACGGCAGUCCUUCAUGGAGCUCUCCAAGUACCGCAUCCUCGUCGUCGCGUUCUGUCCCGGAUGGGUCCGCACGGACAUGGGCGGCCCGAACGCCGAGCUGGAAGUGAACGAAUCCGCGCGGACGCUCGUCGCCAACAUCUUCCGUCUCGAUUCCCGUGAAAACGGACUCUACUUCGACCGCUUCCUCCAUCCGAUUCCCAAUUGA